GAGCACUUCGGUGACUCGCAGUCGUAUCUGUUCGGUUCAUUGUGGCAGUUUGAGCAUCCGUGAGGACGUCGUAUCCACUGGAUUUGAGCAUCGCAUCAUUCAUGUUUGAGCACUCCAGCGCGUUACAUCGUUACAAUCGCUUACAACGGAUGCAUCUGAAAGUGCGCGCCGAGUCGUAUCUCAAAAUGCACUAGGAACGGUAAACAAAAAGCGGUAAUAGGUGCCGGCAAGCAGAAAGAAAGUCGAUAUCGCGGGAAUCGGGAAAGUGAAUUUUGGGAAAAUAUAUCGUCUUGAACAGAAAACAAAAACAGUUCAGCCAGGAGGCGAGAGUGCAUGUGGUCGGGAGUGCGCCGCGGAUAUAUUCGCAGUUAUUCGGGAGUGGCGGUAUCCGGUCCUCUGGGCGUAUACUUGUCCGCCUAACCGUUGUUGUUCCUAGAUUAAAGGCAACAGGAAGCAAAGAAGGCCGAAGCGGCAAGCGGCGGCGACCAACAGCAACAACAGUGUGUGGCAAGUGCAAGGAGUUGAAAUUUAUAGUUGCCGCAUUUUGUCGAAAUUAAAUUAUGUUAAGUGCUGAAAUCAGUAAGAAGGUGAAGUGAAAAGCAAACGGGGAAAAGCGCCUCUGGCAACAGCACCAGCACCAGCACCAUCAGCAACAACAAUUGCAGCAUCCCGAGGAGGAGAAAGAGCCGAAACGGCAGAGGUGCCAGCCAGCCGGCAGAAACAAUCUAGAAAAAAAUAAAUAAAAAUUGAAAAGUGAACGCAAAGCUAAAUAAGUUGCAAUGUGAAGAGCCCUGAAAGGACAAGUGCGAACCAAGGAACAGAGGACUCGACGACAAGCAGCUGUCCCUGCGACGAUUGACAGGACAAAAACAAAAGCCCAGGACUAGCUACGAGGACUUCCUGCUCAAGUGGCACAAGCGGCACCCAACUAGUACGUUGUUUUUCCCAUCGAUUCGGGUCUUCCAUGGCCCCCAGAAAAUUGCAGCACCAAAGGGGCGCAAUGUGCUUGCCAAAUACAGCAACCGAAUAGAAAAUCACUCGAAAAUCUGAAAAACAUAAAAAACGAGAGAGCAGUUACAGCAGCAGGAGCAGCAUCAACAGCAGCAGCAUAUGUGUCUUUAUUUUUUGUGCUCUUUUCUGUGAUGCCACAAGGACACAAGGACACUUCAAGUGACAGCAACAUACGCGAGUUUCGUUCGUUUGUUCGGGGACAGCCUUCCAUUUCCAUCUAAGACGCAGCAGCAGGAUGCGCAAGCACAAAGCGCCGCCCAGCGGCAGUCCAAGGACAAUGCCCCAGGACAGUUCAACAGCAGGAGCGCGAGAUGAUUCAGGAGCAGCGGUAGGGGCAGGAGCAGGAGCAGGAGCAGGAGCACUAGCCGGAGAAUCUCCCACAACGGAAAGCCAAGAGCAGCAUCAGCAGCAGCAUCAGUGCCUGCUGCUGGGUCACAGUGCAGCGGGUGCACCCGCAACAGCAUCAGCAGCAGCAGCAGCUAGUCGCCUGGCCCCGCCCACUUGUCAGCCCCCCAUAAACAGCAGCAGCAAGGAGCGACCUCGCCCCACAGUCCGGUUCGUGUCCUUGUUGCACGUCGCCAGCUACGUGCUGUGCCUGUGCGCCUUCAGCUUCGCGCUCUACGGCAACGUGCGGCAAACGCGGCUGGAGCAGCGGAUGCAGCGCCUCCAGCAACUGGACGCAAGGAUUGUGGAACUGGAGCUCCGGCUAGAGCAGCAGCAGCUCCUACACUGGCCCGCGGAGCAGGCGCAGAUUCUGACCAGCGGUAGUGCGACCAGUGACACCGCCAAUGCCAAUGGCAGCCACCUGGCGUUGCAUGUGCGGCGUGAACUGCACCGACUCCGCCGGGAUGUGUCGCACUUGCAGCUCACGCGUCGCCAGCAGCGUCGCCAGGCGGCCGAGGCGGCAGCAGCGGCGGCGGCAAGCGGCGAAGGUGGUACCGGAAGUUGUCAGUGUCAAGCAGGUCCUCCGGGUCCACCAGGACCACCCGGAAAACGCGGCAAGCGCGGCAAGAAGGGCGAUGCCGGCGACAAGGGCGAACCGGGCCUGAAUGGCAUCAGUGGUGAGAAGGGAGCGGCGGGCAAGCCCGGAGACAAGGGCCAGAAGGGCGACACCGGACACCCCGGAAUGGAUGUCUUCCAAACGGUGAAGGGUCUGAAGAGAUCGGUGACAACGCUGCAUGGCGGCACGCUGGGCUAUGCGGAAAUAGUUGCUGUUAAGGACUUGCAAGAAGCCGGCGUCAAUGUAUCCGCUUCCACAGUCAUACAGCUGAAGGGAGAGCCCGGCGAGCCGGGUCCGCCGGGACCACCGGGAGAGGCGGGACAGCCAGGAGCGCCGGGAGAGCGGGGAGCACCCGGCGAGGCCGGAGCACCGGGCCUGCAGGGCGAGGCCGGACAGCCGGGACCAGCCGGACCGCCCGGAGUGGCGGGCGCACCUGGCACGAAGGGCGACAAGGGUGAUCGGGGCGAUCGAGGACUAACCACAACCAUCAAGGGUGACGAGUUCCCCACGGGCAUCAUCGAGGGUCCGCCGGGACCGCCCGGACCACCAGGUCCGCCCGGAGAGCCCGGCGAGCGAGGAGAGGCGGGACCGACCGGACCCGCCGGACCGCCCGGCGAAAAAGGACCGCGCGGCAAACGCGGCAAGCGGAUAUUCGGACCGGGUGGAACCAAGUUGGACGAGGACUACGACGAUCCGCCGGUUACUUUGCUGCGCGGACCGCCAGGACCUCCUGGCUUGGCUGGCAAGGAUGGACGCGACGGUCGGGAUGGCGCCAAGGGAGAGGCAGGCGAGCCGGGAGAACCCGGUUCGUUGGGUCCCCGUGGCCUGGACGGCCUGCCUGGAGAGCCGGGCAUCGAAGGACCUCCCGGUCUGCCAGGAUACCAGGGACCGCCUGGCGAGAAGGGCGAUCGCGGAGACAUUGGACCGCCGGGAUUGAUGGGUCCUCCAGGUCUGCCGGGCCCUCCUGGAUACCCGGGAGUCAAGGGCGACAAAGGCGAUCGCGGUGAUUCGUACCGCAAGAUGCGACGUCGCCAGGAUGACGGCAUGUCCGAUGCCCCGCACAUGCCCACCAUUGAAUACUUAUACGGCCCCCCAGGACCACCGGGACCCAUGGGCCCGCCCGGACACAAUGGGCUCCAAGGCGAGCGCGGUCUAGACGGACGCAAGGGCGAUCCGGGUGAAAAGGGCCACAAGGGCGAUCAGGGACCCAUGGGGCUGCCGGGCCCCAUGGGCAUGAGGGGUGAAUCGGGUCCGUCGGGACCCGCGGGAAAGGCUGGCAUUCCGGUGUGGGGCGACUACUAAUACCACUAGUUAACAGUGCAGCCAGUCUGCAGUCAGUAAUAACCAGCACUCAUAGCGCCAAAGUCUCAGUGAAAUGCGACUAAAAAAAAAUAAAUGCCAUACACACGCACACCACAUUCACACUCACACCCACACCCACACUCACAAAAAAAAAAACACCCAUUCGAAGAAAGGAAAACAAAUUUAAUCAAAGCAAAACAAAUGUUCAAAGUUAGGAAGCCGCGCAACGCUUGUCAAAUGUGCUCAGUUAUAUAUAUGUUAUAUAUAUCUAUAUGUAUACUGCAGUGGAAUAUACAUAUGUAUAUCAAUUUGUACAAACUCGCACCCAUGUACAGAGAAUCAAAUACGAAAUAGCAGCAUGUCAGUAGCUCAGAAACGAGAGUAAGCAAAUCAAUUAAUUGCAAACGAACUGCUCCCCUCCAGCCCGCACGAAAUAAAGAAUUAAUAUUCAUAUCAUUUAAAAUGCCCCCAAGACUCAAACAAGUAUUUAUGUAUACAAACAAGUAAUGCAAACAAACAUAUGUCUACACCAAGCGUAUUUACAAACAUCAAUCAAUUGAAUCAACUAACAAACUUUGAACCUACCCCAGUACACUCCACCUACCCACUCACCCAACUACCCCCACACACCCCACAAUUGCAGAGAAGAAAACCAACUACAAAUAUGCAAUGCAAAUAUUUUAAUUGCAUUUCAUUCGCCGCUCGUUGCUCUCUGUGCGAAGCAAUUGCAGCAGGAGCAGAAAAGCCGCUUCGAAAUGCAUAAAUCAUACGCACCGUGGUACGUGAAAGUUGCCACACUUUCCCAGUCAGUCUGCGGCCCGUUGCGAAUUGCGAAUUGUGAUUUCGGUUUUGGUUUUGGUUUUCAAGUGCCUCCAUGCGGGUGCUAUUGACUAAUUGGUAGAUUACGCCGGAACCGAGCUGCAAUCAUUGCCAAUUUGCCGAAAGUGACUUAAUUACAACGCAAUCAGAUUAUCCUUGACUGCCAACACAGACGAGGAUGAAGAAGGCACUUCUUAUUCUUUAUUCUGCUCCUGCUGCCCCGUCUUAGCAUUGUCUUAGGUGCCGUCCAAGGGCUUUGUCUGAAUUUUCGAAUAGUACUCGUUCCCGUUCAAACAAAGCAUAAUUGCCAAAGCUUCAAUGUGAAACAGAAAAGCCAAGAGCAGAAAAACACAAAAACCAUAAAAAUAAUAAGAAUAUACAAAGUAAAACAUAAAUACCUACACUGUAUUGGAUUAAGAAAUUGUGCUAAUUAAAUGAAAUUUAAAGAAUUGUAAGAUAUUUUGAUCUCUUGAUGUUCACGCAUGCAUAAUGCAAUUAUAUCUUAAAGUUGCAGAUAGUGUCAUUAUUUAUACUCGAAUAUAUCACUAACAGAACAAAAGAGCUAUCCAAACCAAUUGUGCAUAUUUUCCAAAGUAAAACAAUAACUUCCAUAGAACGCAGACAGCAAUGUUAGUUAGGCUAAAGUUGAAUUCUGUAGGAGAUAGGGUUGCUGUACUUUCCCAAUUUGAAUCGAAAUCUAAAAUCGAGAAUCGUAAAUCGGGAGUGACAAUGCAAAAUAUCAACAACAAUAAAUACAUAAUCUUACCACGAGUAUGUAUCCUAUUGGUUUCAUGGACAUCUCAAACAAAGUAAUACUAACAACUCUAUUUAUACAAAAACGAAACGAAGCAUAAAUUAACAUUUGGCGAGUAUCUGGCGCGUU